AUGAAGGCAUCUACCACACCACUCGCGCUCGCUCUAUGCGUCUGCUCCGUGCUGGGAGACGCACCUAGUACCUCGGGCACAGAAUGGAAGAAGACUCAGCUCUUGGACGACUUCACUGGCACUCCUGGCUCCCUUCCAUCAAGCUCAAACUGGAUCAUUCAAACCGGAACAUCGUACCCAGGCGGCCCUGCACAAUGGGGCACUGGCGAGGUCGAGACAUACACCAGCUCGACGAACAUACGUCUCUUCGACAGCGGUCAUCUCUGGAUCGUUCCCCAGCGAAGCAGCAGCGGCGCGUGGACGAGUGGAAGGAUCGAGAGUCGAAGAAACGACUUCGCUGCACCAGCUGGUGGCAAGCUGCGUGUAGAGGCACGCAUCAAGAUGCCUGAUGUGACAGGAAGCAAUGGUCUUGGAUACUGGCCGGCAUUCUGGCUCGUUGGCGGAGCUUUCAGGGGCAACUACUCCAACUGGCCUGCGGUUGGGGAGAUCGAUAUCAUGGAGAACAUCAACGGUCAAGACACCAUCACUGAGGUCCUGCAUUGCGACGUAAACCCCGGCGGCGCUUGUAACGAACCCAGCGGUCUUGGCCACCAGGGCACAUGCACGGGCAGCAGAUGCCCAGGCAACUUCCACAUAUACGAAGUAGUCCUUGAUAGGACGACGAGUCCCGAGCAGCUCAAAUUCUGGCUUGACCGCAAGCUGCAGUACACCAUCACUGAGACCCAGCUGGGAAGCACGAAGUGGGCGAAUACUCUUCACCGGGGGUUUUAUGUGGUGCUUAACGUUGCCAUGGGCGGCGCAUAUCCUAACGCGAUAGCUGGGUUCACGACUCCCACGGCGAAUACGGUUCCCGGCGUACAGAUGUCUAUUGACUAUGUUGCUGUGUGGACGACGUCGUAA